UAUCAUAUCAAUUGCCUUCUCUCUCGCUGAGUAGCGACUUUCGUCCCCUUUUGAUCGGGUCGUGUCGCGGGGAUCAAGGAAGAAAGGAAAAGAUUCCAAGAAAAAGGAGAUAGCUACAGUCAUUGGUAAGACCUCCGCAGCCCCCGCAGUGACGCGUGCGAGCCGCUGCCUUUCCAUAAAUGGCAUUAGUCCGUGUUGCCCCAUCGCUCAUGUUGGGUUGGGCGGGUUUUGUUAUUUCCUGCGAGAUCCAACGCCCAUCUUUGCCGUGCGUUUACCCUGGUUCUGUGCAUCCGAACGAGGGAUAGGGAGUUAUUCAUUUGUACUAGUGACCGCGACUUGUGUCCGUGGAGGAGGUGUGUGAGUGGAGAAGAUGGCGUCCACAGUGUCCAUCAAGAUCCACAUUGUUCGCAGCAACAACAUCAAGACUAUGCAGUUUGAUGAGUCGAUGAUUGUCUAUGAUGCCUGCAAACUCAUCAGAGAAAGAGUGCCGGACGCAGCUCAAGGACAGCCCCAAGAGUAUGGUCUCUUCAAACCAGAUGAAGACCCAACUAAGGGACGAUGGCUCGAGGCAGGUAGAACUUUGGAGUACUACCACCUCAAAUCUGGGGAUAUCCUGGAGUACAGGAAGAAGCAGCGUCCGCUGAGAGUGAGAUUUCUGGACGGAGCAGUGAAGACUAUUCUGGUCGAUGACAGUCAGAAUGUGGUCGACCUAACCAAGGCCAUCUGUGCCAGGAUUGGGCUGACCAACCCGGAGGAGUUCUCGUUCACGACUGAGGAAGAGACGAGUGACCAGACAGUGAGGAGACACCAGCAGUAUGUGAGAGACCAGAAGAAACUAGAGACCCUCAAGAAGAAACUGCACACUGAUGAUGAGUUGAACUGGCUGAAUCCGGACAAGAGUUUGAGAGAGCAGGGCAUCACGGAGACUGCCAUCCUCACUCUGAGGAAGAAGUUCUUCUUCUCCGACCAGAAUGUCGAUAGAAACGAUCCAAUCCAACUGAACCUUCUCUACGUCCAGUCCCGCGAUGCCAUUGUGGAGGGAGCUCAUCCCUGCACCCGAGAAGAAGCUCUCCAGUUUGCCGCCCUCCAAUGUCAGGUUGCCUAUGGCAACCACAGCGAGGCCAAACACAAGCAGGGUUUCCUGAACCUGACAGAGUUCCUGCCGCGGGAGUACGUCAAGGUCAAGGGCAUCGAGAAAUUCAUCUACGGGGAACACCGCAAACUGCACAACAUGAGCGAGUUGAACGCAAAAUUCCGCUACAUUCAACUGUGCCGCUCUCUGAGGACCUACGGAGUUACCUUCUUCCUUGUUAAGGAGAAGAUGAGGGGGAGGAACAAGCUGGUACCUCGUCUGCUGGGGAUAACGAGGGAGAGUAUAAUGAGAGUUGACGAGAAUACGAAGGAGGUGCUGAAGACGUGGCCGCUGACUACCGUUCGCCGCUGGGCCGCUUCUCCAAACUCUUUCACUCUGGAUUUCGGGGACUACUCGGAGUCGUUCUACUCAGUCCAGACCACUGAGGGGGAGACCAUCUCCCAACUGAUCGCUGGCUACAUCGACAUCAUCAUGCAGAAGAAGAAGCCACUUCACAAGGAGAUAGAGGACGAGGACGAGGAGCCUGUCAUCGUAGACUUCGAGGUCGACCCUAAGAAAGCGUCAGUGACGACGUUCACUCGUGGAGGUCACGGGUACGCGGAGGAGGAGGGGCUGUCGUCCAUGGCGUCCCCCCACCACGCUGGCUAUGACGACGGAGCACAGCUUCACCACAUGGACUCCGCCCAGCAACCAGACAUGUCUGGAGCUCCUGGGAUAAGGCACCAGGCACCGUCGGAGGCGAUGAAUCCCCAGCUGUUGAUGGCACAGUCCGCUCUCCGUGGCAACAUCGAGGAGGGUAUGGCCGUUGCCAAGGAGACGGAGGACAAUCUCUACAGUGCGGCUUCCCUGCCUCCUCUCGGCAGUGACAGUGCCUCAGUCAAGUGGAAGCAGACAACACUGGAUGUCUCCAAGCAGAACGUUUCCUCGGCGCUGGCGGCCAUGUUGGCUGCCACGGCUCAGAUCAUUACUCUGACUGGAGGAGAACCCACAGAUACCAACUACACCGCACUCGGUUCAGCCAUCACCACCAUAUCCACCAACCUGAACGAGCUGGCCAAGGCCGUGAGGUUGUUGGCGGCUCUCGACGUGGAGGGAAUGACACCAGACGACCUCCUGCGAGCUGCUCGAGCCCUAGCCAAUGCCACUGCCGGUCUCCUCAACGCCUCAAGUCCUGAACACCUUGAGAACCGGACCCAGCUCCUGGCUGCAGCAGGCGAGAUGGAGCUCACGGAGGUUACCUCCUCUCUCUGGCGGAGACUCCGAGGUCGACCCCAAGAUACAGGAGGCCCUCGUUGCCAUGCGAAGGGUGUCGCCAGCGCAACCGCUGCCCUGGUUACCAACGCCAGGAACGUGGCGGCUCACUGCGAGGACCAGGGCCUCCAGAACCAGGUGAUAAUGGCAGCGAAGCAGACAGCACUGGCCCACCCAGGCUCUCAUUGCCUGCACCAAGGUCCUGGCUCCCUGCAUCGACUCCCCGCUCUGUCAGGAGCAGCUCAUCGACGCCUGUAAACUCGUCGCAGCCGCCGUGGAGAAGAUUGUCAUUGCAGCUCAGGCUGCAUGUGGGGGAUGACGACGCCCUGCGUGACCUCGGAGCCGCGGCGACUGCCGUGACGGAGGCCCUCAACAAUCUCAUCCACGGAAUCAGGAAGACAUAAGGAUGCCGAGGGUGAUAAGUACGACGACGCAGUAGAGGCCAUCUUGGCCGCCACUGAAAGGCUCUUCAGUUCAAUGGGAAAUGCCCAGGAGAUGGUGCGACAGGCAAAGCUACUAGCUGAAGCCACGGCAUCUCUAAUUAAUGCCAUCAAGAGAGAGGCUGAGGCUGAGACAAGACCCUGACGCCAGGAAGAAGCUGCUCGACGCUGCCAGGGCCCUCGCUGACGCCACGGCGUUCAUGGUGGAGGCAGCAAAAGUUGCCGCUCGCAACCCACACGACGACAGGCCCCAGGAGAAACUUGCGGAGGGCCGCGAGCAGCUCAGAGCCGUCACUAACGCAGCUGCCUCAAACGCUAUCAAGAAAAAGGCUAUCAAGAGCUCGAGGUUGCAGCGAAGCAGGCAGCUGCAGUGUCGACGCAGUGUAUCGCCGCGGCGCAGGGAGCAGCUGCCUCAAACAGAAACGAGGCCUCUCAAGCACAGCUCAUCAACCACUGCAAGGCCGUGGCGGAACAGAUAUCGUCCCUGGUGCAGAGGGUGCGGACCAGCAUGAGCAACCCUGACUCACCCAGUGCUCAGCUUGGCCUGAUCAACUCCUCCCAGGCCAUGAUACCUCCUGCAGGGAAGAUGGUUGCCGCGGCAAAGGCUGCCGUCCCGACAGUAGGAGACCAGGCAGCUGCUCUCCAGCUGGGUAACUUUGCGAAGGCCACAGCCAGUGCUCUGGCUGAGCUCAGAGCUGCCUCUACCAAGGCGGCUGAUGUGUGUGGCAGUCUCGAGAUCGACAGUGCCAUCGACACAGUGAAGGGACUGUCGAUGGAGCUGGCCGAGGCCAAGAGAGAAGCCCAUCAGGGGAAGCUGGUCCCUCUUCCCGGAGAGAGCGUAGAGAGCUGUGCCCUGGAGCUCGGGGCCACCUCCAAGACUGUCGGCUCCUCCAUGGCUCAGCUGCUCACCGCUGCCAAUCAGGGUAAUGACAACUACACAGGAAUAGCGGCGCGGGACACGGCGAAUGCCCUGAGGGUGCUGGCAGGAGCAGUGAGGGGCGUGGCAGCUGGCACCAAGAACCCUCGGACCCAGGAAUAUAUCCUGACCACCGCCCAAACUGUGAUGGACCAGAGCGUGGCGCUGAUCCAAGAAGCCAAGAUGGCCGUCGAAGACCCAACAGCUCCCAAUAAACAGAUGAGACUGGCACAGGCCGCCAAGGCAGUCUCCCAGGCCCUCAACCAGGUGGUGAACUGUUUGCCAGGACAGAUAGAGUUUGACCAGGCAAUCAAGGCCAUUGCUCAAGCCAGCCUUGCUCUACAGAGGCAACAGUUCCCGAGUGCUGGAGAAGCCAGCUACCAGACCCUCCAGAGCAAUCUCAGUUCAUGUGCAGCUGCCCUCAACGUGGCAGGUAGUGAGGUGAUGACAGCUGCCAAGAGCACCCCUGAGCACCAGGCUGAGGCCUCGUCCAAGUUCUCAAAGACGUUCAGUGAGAUGCUGACUGCCGGUCUCACCCUCGCUGGAGCCUCAAAGGACCCGGAGAGCAGGAACGCGAUGCUGGGGGUACCUGCGGACCAUCUCUGUCUCCUCCACCAAGCUUCUCCUGGCAGCCAAGGCCCUCUCCGCCGACCCUAAUGCCCCCAACGUCAUGAACCAGCUUGCAGCUGCCUGCCGUGCCGUCACUGACGCCAUCAACAGUCUCUUGGACCUGUGCUCCACCUCAGGACCAGGACAGAAGGAGUGUGACAAUGCUCUCAGGAAUAUCGAGGCUGUGGCCCCUGUACUUGCCAACCCUAACGAACCUGUCAGCGAUCUCUCCUAUUUUGACUGUCUCGACGUUGUCAUGGAGAAAUCACGAACUCUCGGACAAGACGCGGCAACCAUCACAACCUCUGCUAAGAACUCGUCGUACGAUGAAUUCAGUCGCUCGGUGGAGAGCGCGUCACAGGCAGUCUGUCAGCUAACAGAGGCUGCGGCCCAAGCAGCAUACCUGGUUGGUAUUGCAGACCCAAGCAGCACCGCGGCGACGCCGGGACUCGUUGACCAGGCCCAGUUUGCGAGGGCCAACCAAGCCGUCUCCACUGCCUGCCAAAACCUCCUCAAACCCUGCCUCCAAUCAGCAACAGGUGUUGGCAGCGGCAACGGUGAUUGCGAAACACACCAGUGUUCUAUGCAAUGCCUGCAAGGUGGCGUCGUCCAAGACCAGCAACCCUGUUGCCAAGAGACACUUUGUGCAGGCCGCCAAGGAGGUUGCCAAUAGCACCGCCAACCUCGUUAAGAACAUCAAGGCUCUGGCAGGGGAUCUGUCUGACAGGAACCGAGAGGCGUGCGCGGAGACGACGAAACCUCUCCAGGAGGCCGUGGAGGCCCUGACGACGUUUGCCUCCUCCCCCCAGUUUGCCUCCACUCCCGCCAAGAUCAGCGCACAGGCCAGGACUGCCCAACAACCAAUCCUUGAGGCUGGAAACAACGUCAUCAAGUCCUCCAGCAGUCUGCUGACAUCGGCCAAGAACCUGGCGAUGAACCCCCGUGACCCCCCGACCUGGCAGCUGCUCACCUCUCACUCCAAGGCCCUCGCCGAUGCCAUGAAGAACCUCCUCAUGGCUAUCAGGGAGGGUUGUCCUGGUCAGAAGGAGUGCGAUCAGGCCAUUGACAAACUGAACACCACCAUGACCCAGCUGAACCAGGCCGUCCUGGCCGCCAUGUCACAGCAGCUGCAGCCUUCUGCUGCCUCCACUCUCCAGGGAUUCCAGGAGCAAAUGUUGCAGACGGUGGCAGACAUUGGAGACAGUGUGAAGCCUCUCAGUAAUGCAGCUCAGGGGGAGGCCGAGAAGCUAGGACACGAGGUAACUCUGAUGUCAAAUCUCUUCCCAGCUUUGGCAGGAGCCGCCAUUGGCGCGGCCUCCAAGACCAACAGCUCACAGAUGCAGACCCGCCUUCUUGAGCAGAGCAAGACGCUCACCGAGUCCGCCCUCCAGGU